UUAUUUUCGAUGUGAUUCUUUGCUAGGCAUACUGGAUACUCCCUCCUGAAUACUGAGUCCCGGCCCCCGUCUUACGUUGUGGACCCCUCCACCAUGGCGGCUGCUGAUGUUCGCGACAUGCUGGAUUUGCCCGCAGAGGGCCAACCCAGACCUCAUAAGAAACAGAAAGUCGCUGAGAGAAGACCAGAAGGCGUUCCCAGAGAACUAUACGCGCUUCUAGGAGAGCGAGCACCUCCGAUCGCCAUCACCGAAAAUCGAUACAAGGGCCGACCAAAAUGGAUGAGCAAGUCAAGAGUCCGGCCAUGGUAUAUCCCACAUUGUCUUCGCUUGGUCAAACAACAGCACAAUACGCUGACUCCUCCCUCACCAGGCGCAUGGUACCUUUCACCAACGGUGCUCGAUCCGACGGCCUCGUCCUCCGCCAUUGGCAAAGAGUGGAAGAACCUGUCAAACCACCCAUGCCUGAAGGAACGGAUAUGAUUGAGGAUGAGAAGAAGGAAUUGGAAGCCAAACUGAACUCGCCGGAGCAGGAAUAUCCAUUUGCCAAAUACAAUGUCAAAGCUAGAGUCCCCCGGAGGUACACCGACGAAGAGUACAACAAGCACCUGAGAAGUGAUCACUGGACACGCGAGGAGACAGAUUAUCUCAUGGAUAUUGUUCAGGAGUACGAUCUCAGAUGGGUCGUCAUCGCUGAUCGUUACGACUACCAACCCCAACCCAUCGACGCGGAAGCCAAUGCCACAGCGCUCGUUCCAGCCAGCAAACGACAUCGGACGAUGGAGCAGAUGAAGUCCCGUUUCUACUAUGUUGCUGCGACUAUGCUUGCGCUCGAGUAUCCACCAUCGGAAAUGUCUGAAGCGGAAUUCGACCUACACGAGAAGAUGAUGAAGUUCGAUCCGGACCGGGAGAGAGCGCGGAAGGAGCUCUCUGCUUUGCAGCUCAACCGCACCGCUGACGAAGUGCGAGAAGAAGGUAUACUCCUAGAGGAGCUUAAGCGCAUAACAGCCAACGAGCAGAACUUUAUCACGGAACGCAGAGAGCUCUACGCGAGACUCGAGGUCCCGAUCAGCGUGGGCAAUACGACCAUGUACCAAUCUAGCCAAGGCCUAGGACAGCUACUCCAGUCUCUUCUCCAGACAGAUAAGAGCAAGAAAAGGCGGUCGUUGCUCGGUCCCGAGGGCGCCCAAAGUCCGGCGGUUCAGACCCCUGUACAAGGCCACCACGGUCGUGACAGUCUAACAGACACUCCAAGUGCGGCCCCUGCUACAUCUACCAAGAAAUCUGCUGCGGCUGCAGCUACAGCUGCGGCGGCAGCAAAUAAAGAUAACCAGCACCCGAUGAAGACACUCACUCCGGCCGAAGAAGCCAAAUAUGGUGUGCAACACCACGACCGUCUGGCACCGGGUGUCCAAUUCCGUAGUGAACGCGCCCAGAAAAUGACCCAGGCGAAGUCGAAUGUCCAGACACAGAAACUCGCCUCCGCUCUCUCAGAACUCGAGGUCCCACUCCGUCUCGUCAUGCCCACCGAAACCGUCUGCAAGGAAUUUGAGAAAUUGAUCCAUUCAGUCAACCUCCUUCUUGACACAAGGAAAGUAUCCGAAAAGGUUGAAAGUGAGAUCAAGGUCCUGGAAGCCGUCAGAGAAGAAAGGGAACGGAAGACUGAGGAGGCAAAGGAGAAAAAGGAUAUCCCUGAAAUCAAGACGGAAGCACAACAUAAACCUGCCUCGCCCGUGCCGUCUGCUGCAGCAGUUCCUGAAGCCACAACGGUUGAUGAUACUCAAGGCCCUGCCAAUAAUACUGCGGGUACUUCAGGAGAGAACAAAUCCGCAGGUGCCUCCACUGAAACCAUGCAAGAUGCUAGUGCUACUGCUGCCACAGGCAAUGCUGAUGGAGAUACUGCUCCUUCAACACCUGCCGGGGACAAGGAUGGCUCAGGACAAACACAUAAGCGCUCUGCGAGUGUUAUGAGUGGUGUGAGUGAUAAAAGCGCCAAACGGCAAAAGAGGUAGACCAUUAGGAUUGUGUUACAUCUCUUGCAUCUUUAUUAAAGGUUGCUUCUCUCUUGUUAUGAUACCUACAUGAUUUUUACUGUAACCCACUUUCUAUAUCUGUCCCCAUGAAAUUCACAAUUGACGUCAAUCAGUUAUCAAUGAUCUAUUCUUAAUGAUGUAUUCACGAGCCUAAUUCAAUGGUUAUGAGUAAUCACAACAAGCCUAUGUUCCUCUCUUUUGACCCGGCGAAUCGGAAAGGUACAGCAUUGUCGAAAUGGUCUUUCCACGUAUCUUCAAUCUCUGGUUUGUGCCAUGUCCUAAUAGAUUUGCCCUGCCUUUUAAAGCCUCCUAUCCUGCUCUAUAUGACCACUGCAGUAUGAAUCUCGCCUUGCGCGGCACUUGCCCGCCGUUUUCCACCAUCUAUAUUCUCAAUCUCGCUCGUGUCGCUUUUCAGGGUUGAACAAUGCACGUUUGAAAGACUGCUUUCUGCCGAAGAUCCCAGUUCCCGCUUAGAUGAAUCAUCUGUCGCAUGGCGUCUUAUCAUCUGUAGGCUUCUCAGAUGACGUAUUUUAGUCCAUAUCCUUGUGUGUUUUCUAGUCGGCCUUUCAAUAAGAGAGAGAGUCUUCGUACGAUGACUUCGCUUUGCUCUCUGGGUUGACUCGAAACUUGGCCUGGGGCCUUGAUCUGCAAAUUUUGC